AUGUCCAACCCCGAGGAAGUUUCUGCCGCUCCCGCUGCUGCUCCCGCUCCCAGCGCCCUUGAUGCCUCCAUCACCGAAGGCGAGAUUCAGUCUAACUGGGAUGAGGUGUAUGACAAUUUCGACAACAUGGGUCUUGCUCCGGAGCUUUUGCGCGGUGUAUUCGCGUAUGGUUUCGAGCGUCCCUCGGCCAUCCAGUCCCGUGCUAUUGUCCCUGUGAUCAAGGGUCACGAUGUGAUUGCCCAGGCGCAGUCUGGUACCGGUAAGACUGCCACCUUCUCGAUCGCCAUCCUCGAGCGCAUCGAUCCUAACAUCAAGGCUGUUCAAGCGCUUGUGCUUGCACCCACGCGUGAGCUUGCGCAGCAAAUUCAAAACGUCCUUGUUGCGCUGGGCGACUACAUGAACAUUCAGAGCCAUGCCUGCAUCGGUGGUACCAACGUCCGCGACGACAUGGCACGCCUCAACAACGGUGUUCAGGUCGUCGUCGGCACGCCCGGACGUGUCUACGAUAUGAUCAACCGCCGCGCUUUCCGUACGGACCAUCUGAAGAUGUUCUGUCUUGAUGAGGCCGAUGAGAUGCUUUCGCGCGGCUUCAAGGACCAGAUGUACGAGGUUUUCCAGCUGCUCCCUCAAGACACACAGGUUGUGCUCCUUUCCGCCACGAUGCCCGAGGAUGUGCUGGUCGUUACAAAGAAAUUUAUGCGCGAGCCCGUGCGCAUCCUUGUGAAGCGCGACGAGCUUACGCUGGAAGGUAUCAAGCAGUUCUACAUCGCUGUCGAGAAGGAGGAAUGGAAGUUUGAAACGCUCACUGACUUGUACGAGACGGUCACGAUUACCCAAGCCGUUAUCUUCUGCAACACGCGCAGAAAGGUUGACUGGCUCACCGACCAGCUCCAUGCAAAGGAAUUCACUGUCUCGGCCAUGCACGGUGACAUGGAUCAGCAGCAGCGCGAGGUCAUUAUGCGCGAGUUCCGCUCCGGCUCUUCGCGUGUGUUGAUUACCACCGAUUUGCUCGCGCGUGGUAUCGACGUGCAGCAAGUCUCCUUGGUCAUUAACUACGACCUGCCCACGAACCGCGAGAACUACAUCCACCGUAUCGGCCGUGGUGGUCGUUUCGGUCGCAAGGGUGUUGCUAUUAACUUUGUCACUGAGGACGAUGUCCGCAUGAUGCGCGACAUUGAGCAGUUCUACAACACCCAGGUUGAGGAGAUGCCGCUCAACGUUGCCGAUCUCAUCUAG